GUUUUCUUAGAUGUGGUUGAAAGUAUGAACGUCCUUCUCAACAGCAAUGGACAAAUAAUUAGGUCUGAUGUGGUUGGGGAAUUGAAGAUGAGAACUUAUUUGAGUGGUAUGCCCGAGUGUAAGCUUGGUCUAAAUGAUAGAGUAUUGCUUGAGGCACAAGGCCGAACGACAAAGGGAAAGACAACUGAUUUGGAGGAUAUAAAGUUUCAUCAGCGUGUACGUCUGGCCCGAUUUGAAAAUGACAGGACUAUCUCCUUCAUACCUCCUGAUGGGUCCUUUGAUCUCAUGACAUAAAGACUUAGUACUCAGGUAAAGCCUCUCAUUUAAUUUCAAGUA